AAGACUGUAUAAUUGCGCCGAGCUGAAAUUUGAAUACAAUAACACUCAAUUCGCAUAUUUAUUCGUAAUUUCGAAAAUACCAGCAAUUAUCUCUGACAAAUAUGCCGGAUGUUAGAUUUCCGACGUGUGUGCGACGCAACACAGCUGGACAAGGUCAAGUUCCUGUCAGUUCGCACAAGUUUCGAAACCGGUGUGCGAUAUCGCGAGAUAAAAUGUGACAAAUUCGACGGGUGAGAACAAGAGAGAAGGAUUAACCCUAGAGUGAAGAUUUUCAAGUGCAACUUACAUGUGAGCUUAUUUCCGCAGAUACAUAUUCAUUCGCUGCCACACUCAGUUUUUAUCAUGUCCUAUCUACUGUUAUCUCGUAAUCUUCCGUUGCUUUCAAGAAACCUACUGAGCAAAAAUGAAUACAGACAAAUUCACCAUUCCUGCAAGAUUCUUGUGGUUGGAGGGGGUACAGCUGGUUGCACAAUGGCUGCUAAACUAUCCAGGAUGCUAAAUGAUCCAAAUCAAGUUAUCGUCGUAGAACCCAGUGAUGUGCACUAUUACCAACCUUUGUUUACUUUAAUUGGUGGUGGUAUUAGUUCCUUUAAGACAUCCAGAAGAUACAUGAAGGAUGUUCUGCCAAAAAAUGCCAAAUGGCUGAAGGACUCUGUUGUUGGUUUUCAACCAAAUGUCAACAAAGUUUUAACACAUAAUGGAGAUAUCAUACAGUACGACAGGAUGAUUGUUGCACUAGGUUUACAACUAUACUGGGAUAAAAUUCCAGGUUUGACAGAGAGCUUACGCGAUCCCAACACACAAGUAUGUUCUAUUUAUGGACCUAACACGGUCACUGAAGUAUAUAACAAGAUCAAGAAAACAAAAUCAGGCACUGCAAUAUUCACAUUUCCAAAUUCACCGGUCAAAUGUCCAGGUGCGCCUCAGAAGAUCACAUAUAUCACUGAGGAUUAUUUUCGUAAACACAAAUUACGAGGUGAUAUCAAUGUUAUAUACAAUACUGCAUUGCCAGUUAUUUUCGGUGUUAAGAAAUAUGCCGAUUCCCUUUGGCUUGUUUGUAAGGAAAGAGACAUCACUGUCAAUCUCCAAACAAACUUGGUGAAAAUAGAUCCGAAUAAGCGGCAGGCCACGUUUGAGAAACUGAACUCGGGAGAAACAUUGGUACAGGAGUAUUCAUUGCUUCAUGUAACACCACCAAUGGGACCUCCUACAGUUUUAAAGGAGCAUCCAAUGUUAACCAAUGAAGCUGGAUUUCUUUCCGUCGAUCCUAAAACACUGCGACAUACCAAAUAUUCAAAUAUAUUUGGAUUAGGUGACUGUACAAACACUCCGAAUUCAAAGACUAUGGCUGCGAUAGCCGCUCAAGGAAAGGUGUUGUAUCAGAAUAUCCUGGAUGAUUUGGCUGGCAAACCAACAAGCAUGAUUUAUGACGGUUACGCGUCAUGCCCGCUAGUUACCGGCUACAACAAGUGCAUCUUAGCCGAGUUUGAUUACAAUAUGCAGCCGUUGGAAACCUUCCCUGUGAAUCAAGGCAAAGAAUAUUACUUCACGUUUCUAUUGAAAAAACAUUUCUUCCCAUUCAUAUACUGGCAUCUGAUGUUGAAAGGUUACUGGAACGGACCGGAAUUCUUUCGCAAAUUUACAAGUAUACUCAAAAGGAAUUAAUAUACCAAGUAAAAAGAAAAAAGGAAGGAAAGAGAAGGAAUGAAGAGAGAUAUUCGAUGCCUUUUUAUCUAGCUUUUUUAUCUAACAAAGUGAUAUCGCAAUAGCUUUAAUCAGAAGACAAUUAUUGUUUGUGUAUAUAU